GGCGAGGCUGCAUAACAUCAGUCAUAGUAGCAGUAGGAGACUUUUGCUCGGACUAUUGUGUUGGUGCAAGCGUUAUAAUAUACUUUUGUGCCUUCCACCAUAACUUAAGGUAUAAAAUGUUGAAAUGUUGAAGGGACUGUCUUACCUUCUUUGUUGUGGCUCCAAAAGUACUGAAAUUGAUGAAAUCGAUGAGAUAGAUAUAAAAAAACCUAUUCCUAACACUGAACAAAAAGAGCCAUUUGAAAUUUUUGAACUUAGUGAAAGUCCUCAAGUGAUCAGAAGUAAAAAAAGCAAGUUGAGCAAUUCUGACUCUGAAGGAGAACUUGAUGAAAAAUUGAUGGAUCAACUGCCAAAGACACUGAAGCAAUUCAAGGAUCAAUCAAGGACAACGAAGCAACUUUUGUUACCUGAUAAGUUACACAGAGAAAAAAAUCAAAAACCUCAUUUGAGAUCUGUGGUACCUAAGCAUGCAAAACCUGAAAAUAGAAAAUUAGAGUAUGAAACUAGUUUUUCAAAGCAGUCUUACUCACCACAUAGCACUCCACCAAGACGUAGGAAAACAUCAAGAAGCUGUGAUGAUUUUAGUGAUAAAUUUCCAAAAAUUGACCAGAUACCAGUAAAACAAGUCUCAAGAUCUUCUUCAAGCAAUGAAAUUUAUUCUACCCCUCCAAGUGAUAGGAAAGCACUGAGUUGGAAGGACAAGCCAUUUUACCCUCCAAAAUCUCUUUCACAAGACGCAAUUUCAAAACAAAGUUCUAGAUCUAGUAUUAGUUCUGAUCUUUCAGGUAUAUGUAAUAAUCCUUCAAACUCAAGUUCUGGUGAAGACAAAACUUUGAAUGUUCAUCGGCAUGCAAAACUAUCUGGAGUCAAAUCACAGAGAGUAAAUUCAGAAAUUUGUGGACUUAUAAACCUUGGAAACACUUGCUACAUGAAUUCAGCACUGCAAUGUUUGGUUCAUACAGAACCAUUAAGAGAGCUGAUAGAACCGAAAGACAAGAAUGGAAGUAGGACUCUACACACUUCUCAACCAAGUGACCGACCUCUAGCUAGUCCCUUUUCUCGUCUUAUUAAAGACAUGUUCAAGGCAUCAGGUCUAGCAAGUUGCAAACCAAAUGACCUAAAAAAAGCUAUAGAAGAUCAUGCUCCAAUUUUUAAAGGGAAUUCUCAACAAGACGCUCAAGAAUUAAUCACUCUUUUUAUUGGUGGUUUACAUGAAGAAUUCAAUGAAAUCACUGGGAAAAAGCCAUAUGUUACAAUGGAAGUGGAUGAAAGUCAAUUUGAAUCAGAAGAGGAAAUAGCUGAAGAAUGGAGAAAGUUAAGUGAAAGAAGAGACAAAUCAAAGAUAAUUGAAAUCUUUUAUGGUCAAAUUAAAUGUACAAUGAAAUGCCAGAAUCCAUCUUGUGGUCAUGAACAAAAAACAUAUGAACUAGUAUUUCCUUUGACGUUACCUGUACCAACAAAAAAGGCCAAUGUAUCUUUGAAAGAUUGUCUGAAAUUAUACACAAAAAAGAAGUUAUCCACUGAUCCAUGGUAUUGUGAGGAAUGCAAUGAAGUAGUAAACCUUUCAAGAAAAGUUGAAAUGUGGAAUAUGCCACAAAUACUUAUGGUAUAUCUAAAGAGAUUUUGUUUGGAAGGAGGGAUUCACACAAAGAUUAAUAAGCAUGUGAAAUUUGAUUUUAUGUUCCCUCUUGAGAAUUUUUGUCCAAGAGAAAAGGAACAGUAUCAGCUUUAUGCAGUUAUUAACCAUAAUGGCUCACUACAAUUUGGACACUAUUAUGCUUUUGUGAAAUGUCAAGACAAAUGGUAUAAAUGCAAUGAUGAAAUGUGCAGGGAAAUAUCUGUGGACGAUGUUAUUACUUCUUCGGCAUAUGUCCUGUUCUAUGAACGUGUCUACGUAGUUUAAUCUGAAUGGGAAUUACUGCUGAAUUAUAUUCAUUUUUAUAUCUUGAGAAUAGUUUGAUGUGACCUGAUUAUACUAUAGCUAUCAUCAUUUCCACUUUAAGCAUUAAUUACAGCUAUUGGUAUUGUAAAAUCAUUUUAUGUGAAUGAGUAAAA